AUGUCUGCUUCCACCACUACCGCCGCUGUGCCCAUGAAGAGCAACGCCGCUUAUGCUAGCGACUCGGAAUCUGACGGCCAGGCCCGUGGCGGUCGUCGCCCUCAGAACCAGCUCCAGACUUCUCUGCCUCAGCUACCUACAUCAGCUGGAUUAGCUCAGCCAGCAGGCUCUCUGCUGAGGGGCGCGACUGACGAAAACGGCAACCAGAAGAACGCGGCUCUCCUUGUCGGCAUAAAGCUCGACUUGGAGGCCGAGGUCCACUUGACUGCCAGAGUUCGUGGUGACAUCUGCGUCGGUCUCUACUAG